AUGGGUGCCGAUUUACCAUUAGAAGUAGAGGUUAAGAUUCCAACUGGAAAAACUUACAAACAGCCAACUGGUUUGUUCAUCAACAACGAAUUCGUUUACCCAAAGCAAAAGAGAACUUUCGAGGUUAUCUCUCCUGUCAAUGAAGAGGUAGUUGCAAGUGUUUACGAAGCUUUGGAGGAGGAUGUAGACGUUGCUGUUGACGCUGCUGUCGAAGCUUACAAGACUUGGUCAACUAGUGCUCCAGAAGUCAGAUCGGCUGUGUUGUACAAAGUUGCUGAGUUGGUUGACAAGAAUGCUGAAAUCUUGGCUGAAAUUGAAACUUUGGAUAACGGUAAAUCCAUUUCCAACGCCAAGGGUGAUGUUCAAUUGGUUGCCAACUAUUUUAGAUCUUGCGCCGGAUGGUGCGACAAAAUUUUAGGCUCAGUUAUCAAUACCGGUGGUACACACUUCAAUUAUACAGAGAGGGUUCCUUUGGUUUGUGGUCAAAUCAUUCCAUGGAAUUUCCCUCUUUUGAUGUUGUCUUGGAAGUUGGGUCCUGUUUUGGCCAGUGGUUCAACAACUGUCUUGAAGACCGCUGAGCAAACACCAUUGUCUGGUUUGUUUUUUGCCAAGUUGUUGAUUGAGGCGGGCUUGCCAAAAGGUGUAGUCAAUAUCGUUUCUGGUUUCGGAAAGACAGCCGGUGCUGCUAUUGCAAGUCACAUGAAGUUGGAGAAAGUUGCAUUCACUGGAUCCACCCUUGUUGGUAAGACCAUCAUGAAGGCCGCCGCAGACUCAAACUUGAAGAAGGUCACUUUGGAAUUGGGUGGUAAGUCUCCAAAUGUUGUAUUUGAUGACGCUGAUGUGGACAAUACUAUCAAAAACAUUGUUGCUGGUAUAUUCUACAACUCUGGUGAGGUUUGCUGUGCAGGCUCACGUGUAUUGAUUCAAUCUGGAAUUUACGAUGAAGUUGUUAAGAAGUUGAAGGCAGCUGCUGAAUCCAUUAAGUGUGGAGACCCAUUUGACCCAGAAACCUUUAUGGGUGCACAAGUUUCCGAAGUGCAAUUGUCAAAGAUUUUGCAAUACAUUGAAUCAGGCAAGGAGCAAGGUGCCAAGAUUAUCAGUGGUGGUUCCAGAGUAGAUGGCAAGGGUUACUUUGUCAAACCAACUAUCUUUGGAGAUGUUGCUGGUCAUAUGAAGAUUGUAAAGGAGGAAAUUUUUGGCCCGGUUGUUACCUUGAUCAAGUUUGAUACCAUUGACGAAGCUAUUGAUUUGGCCAACAACACUGAGUAUGGUUUGGCUGCUGGUGUUCACUCAAGAGACGUAAACAAAUGUAUUUACGUUUCAAGCAGGAUCAAGGCUGGUACUAUCUGGGUCAACACUUACAACGACUUCCACCCAAUGGUUCCAUUUGGUGGUUUCAGUGCUUCUGGUAUUGGUAGAGAAAUGGGUGAGGAAGUGUUCCACGAAUACACUCAAACUAAAGCUGUGAGAAUUAGAUUGAACACAAAAUUCUGA